AUGAACGAUGAUGUCAUGUUUGUGCUACUUCGGAUUGGAACAAGUGUAUGGUUCAUGGAUGAUGAUGAUCGUUCCUUGGUCAUUCCAGAGACUUCCUUCCUCCCCCACACCAACACCAGCAACAUCAACAGCAGCAACAGCAAGUACAACAGCACCAAGAAGACAAGUCUCAAUCGAGAAGUGGAAAAGGAAAAAAAAGAGAAGAUAAACAGCAGCAGCAACAACAACAAGUCAACAGCCAAGAGUCCUCCUCUCCUCCGACCCCCCUCCUGGCCUCCAACUGCCAGGGCCAGUCUUUCUAGUGUCUUUGUCCACCAACCACGAGGAAUCUUCCUUUUCUAG